UGUAUGUGUGACUGACUGUCGCGUAGUGUGGCAAGUCAGAUCCGCUUGAUACGGCUCUGAGCGACAGGUGACCAGAAGCCACUGUGAUUCACGCAGAGGUAUGCCAGACAUACAUUGAUGCCUUUGAGACCUCGCAGACCAAAGUUUGCACCCAACGCUAUAAAAUAUCCCCAAGGACCGUGUUCGCCAUGUGCAUUACCACUCUCUUCACGCACACCGUCUGCAAGCACACCUGGGCUGUCAUCACCGAACCAUGCGGCCCGGGAAUGACAUUCACGUCCUGCAACACUUUUAGCCCAGGCGGUAGUCACCUCCACCCAGCGGCAAAACUGUUCAAGACCAAGAGUCGGCCAUGCCCAAAAUGUAGGCCUUGGACGUUUGACCCGCACAUGAUGCGAGUGGUGGAAAGCUACGGAGGAGGCAUCAAAUGGGGCAUCGGACCGGAAAAGGAUGAUCUUGGGUGCGAGGUCAAGUUUGGAAAUGCUUGUGUUGUGUUGUGAUAGGUAAUCGAUGGUUCGAGGUCGAGCUUCGGGGUCUGGCCACCAAAGCGAUCAACCCACUUCUCAUCAGGAAACCUUUAAUUUUCAUCAACAGCGACUCACCAC